AUGCUAAAAAUUCGCAUUUUUAGGAGUGUAUACCUACACUCUGUAUCAUCGCGCGACCCCACCUUGUACCAGGCCCUCUUAACAGCAUACGAGCAGACGAGCAACGCGUUGGAUAUGCCCCUUCCAAACCCUCUGGACCUCGCACAGCUCGAUACAAAGUGGAUGGACAAGAUCAUCGCGAAAACACAUAUCUUGAGGCAGCCGUACUUCUCCCUGACAGCGACUCCUGCGGAGCAUGCACAUCAUUGUCCGACGGCGCAAAUUGCGGCCCACCUUGGGCAAAAUGCGGAGCACCUUGGCCACAGAAGCCACUCAAACACCAUGAGGACUGUCAUGGGGAGGAUGCAUAUCAUCGUCUGCCAGCUCAAAUUGUGGGGCACCUUGUAA